AUGGCCUAUCAUGUGUGUGUCAGGAGUUUUCUCCGUUCAACUUCUGUUCUCCUGUGCCAUUUAGGAUCCACCAGGAACCAUCCACGAGUUCUUCACACAGUACCCAAACUCUACUGUCAAUCUCAGGAAAAUGGUUCCUCUGGCUCUAAAGUGCUGGUUCACUUUUUAAAUCAGUCGGGGGUGAAAAGAAGUGUGUUUGUCACAGAGGGAGAGACUCUUCUAGAUGUUGUGAUCAAGAAAAAUCUUGACAUCAGUGGCUUUGGAGCAUGUGAGGGUGCUUUAGCUUGUUCCACAUGUCACCUGAUAUUCGAGGAGAGUGUGUAUGACAAACUGGAGCCAGUAGUGGAUGAAGAGAUUGACAUGCUGGAUCUGGCCUAUGGACUCACCAAGACAUCUCGUUUAGGGUGUCAGGUGACAGUGGAACGCUGGAUGGACGGCAUGACAGUCCGUGUUCCGCAAGAAAUCAAAGAUCGACGAGGAUCACGAGAGGCCAUUGGCAGCAAAUGA